CUCCACAAGGUAUUCAGUACUGCUAAGUAUGAGCGAAGGCAGGGGAACAUCGCAAACAGCCUGUACAGGGCGACGGACGGGCAUAGUGGCCUUCCGGCGCAGACUUCGGUUCCUCUCGGUCCGGGCCGCGGCUUCGUUCAUGCUGCAACUGUCAGCGGGACAAUGAAUACUUCCCAAACGCGCUCGUGCGUACAGUACCGCCCACUGGGAAAUCUUUUCGACGUCACACAAGACCGGAUAUACCCCUCCUUCUGUCGGAAUACAAAAGACCUUACGCCACCAGACUGUACGACUUCCGCAGUCAAUUUGCAUCAGACUCAACCCCAUCGACAAAGAGCUUGUGUCAGACAUGUCUAUUCCCUUCAUUCCACAGCCGGGCUCGCCUCUGCUCCAACUUCCCGGAGAGCUUCGCAACAAGAUCUUUCGGAACAUCUUCAAGCACGGGGGCCACAUCUUACUGGUACCAUCAUAUGUCGGACAGGCGACAGGUCCCUCGGCGCCAGUCAUGGGUUGCGCGAUACCAGACAUCGAGUUGCUUAGUACCUGCCGCCAAUUCUACGACGAAGCCAGAAGUAUACUUCUCUCGGACAACACCUUCAUGCUCUCUACGCAAAUGGACGCUUUCGCCGACGCUUCGACCCUAGGAUUCCUGAGCAGGUGGAUGGCGGGUCUUGGUCCCAAUCGCGAUUAUGUCCGCACAGUGGUCAUCGAUCUCGAGCCUCUAUGCCCGGGACGCUGUCAGUUUGCUAGGGAUAGGAUCGACCUGAAGUCUGUUAUGAUGAUGAUCUGGCGAUAUCAGGAUAUCCUCACGAGCCAAGGCAACCGACAGCGCGCGAAUAUUGAGCUGUCGUACGCGUUCUCGGGACGACAGCUUCGUUCACAUAACCACACGGGCAUUCCAACCCCAUACCCCAUCAACGACUCCAAUCUCAAUGCGAUGAUUGCACUGUUAACGCCUCAGCGUAGUCCGGAAAUGAGCCCCUAUCUACGAGCACCCCGGUCGCUUCACAGCAUUCAGGUCACACUCGACGGUCUACGAGCCACGUUCAUCCUGAACAAGUCUUGCCAUCAUGGCCCCGAUGCUACCGACUUUUCAAUCAUUUUAUACGAUGUGGACAGCAACGGCCAACUUGUGAGGAUGCCACUCAACCCUGUACUCCGUAUCGCGAGCCUCUUUAACACAACCUCGAUCAAGAACAACCUCAUGGGUAUGCUUGUGGACUCAAACAUAUAUCAUCGUCUUACGUACAACAUCGAGAGCCGCACAAUUUCACAGCGCCUACCCGAGCUAUUUUCGAUCAAUCGCCGCUUCCGAGAACUUGCCCUCGAACAGUACCACAACACACAUGUCGUUGGGAAGAUGACGUCGCGUAGCGCGCAGGCUACGUGCGAUGAUUUUUCAUCGAUGCAGGAUUGGUGCGCAGCUAGUCGACUGUUCUUCCGUGGCAGGUCUGGAGAUUCCCCUGGUAUUCCACCUACUCUCAAAAUGCGAUUCGAGCUGCCGGAGCGAGAGGACUUUUCACGUCUCAGGAUCCCAAUCACCAAUAUCAUCAUGGCAACGCUCGAACUCCCUGUGAGCUCAAAUCUGUGGGUUGAACAGUUCAAUGGCGGCCUGCCCCUGCAAAUCAAGACGGGGAUGCUAUAUAGGCUGCAACGACAGAUGUUUGUCUUUCUCGCCGACAUACUGUACCUAAACCCAGAUCGCAGUAAUGAACCCUGUCCCGACGUUAUCAUGGACGGCAACUGUAUCAUCAAAGAAGUCGAGUAUGAGCGAGACAACGGUAGCAAGUUCCUGAUCAACUAUGAGAGGGAAGGCAUGGAUCCGGAAGACAUGGAAGAGGAGAUUGAUUACCAUAUCGCCAAUCUGAUAGAACGAAACGAGGUGGAUAUAGCGACUUACGUACCCACUUCCACUAUCUGUCAUGACGAUGACGGUGGGUCCCACCACCACUUCGGGUAUGACUUCAGCGCGCCCCUACACCCUUCUUUGCUGGGGGUAACUAUAAGGCUUGGGUGUUUCUUACAGGGAGCUGAUACGACUGGGGAGUAUUGGGACUAAUGUUACUGUGGAAGGCACGGGGAUGGACCCCAGGUCAGGUAGUUUGAUGUAUGUG